UCCUGUGUUCACACACACUCCUGCACACAGGGGACUCACCACCAGCACAGAACCAGAGUGGGCUUGGUUGGAAGGAAUUCCGAAAGCCAUUUCGUUCCAGUGCCACACCAGCUCUGCAUGCCUGCUGCUGAAUUGGCCGUGGCGCAGAAGGUCGGUUUCUGACCGAAGAACUGCAAGGCAGGAAAGAAACGUGAGGAAGAACACUCCACAGAAACGGGGACGGAGAAGCUUUAAAUUCUAGAAUGGGGAACAGCCAGACCGCUGCAGGAUUGUCUAAUGAUGCUGCUGUGAAUCAAAUACAGGACAUUAUUUCACACAACUGUGUGGUGAUUUUCUCUAAAACAACAUGCCCGUACUGCAAAAUGGCAAAAAACCUAUUUGAGGGUUUGAAUGUGAAUUACACAGCUGUGGAACUGGAUGCAAAUACAAACGGAAGGCAGUUCCAAGACGUUCUGGAACAGAUGACUGGUGGCAGAACAGUCCCAAGAGUGUUUAUCAACGGGACAUGUGUUGGAGGUGCUACAGAUACUCAAAAGCUUCAUGAGGAAGGCAAACUGCUUCCUUUAAUUCAUCAGUGUCAGAUGAAAGCAGAUUACUGAGCAACCCUCUCUUAGCUUUGUCUUCCUUUGUAUGAACAGAAUUUCAGAUGAAUUCAGAAGAUCACAGACACAUGGCAGGAACUGCACUCAACAACCUCAAAUCAUUGCUUUUUGAAUUACAGAUCACUCUGACAGACUUUAUGGACUUGGUGAAUUACUUUGUGUCCUUGCCUCAGCUUUCCCACCACCCAGAUGGUCAUUAGCAAACAGAUGUAAUUCUUGGGGCUCUAAGUGAGACAGAGAUGGCAUUUCAUGAUUACAUCCUGCUCCAGGGAAGUCCAGGCUCUUCAAAAAGAAUCCUGUGAGGCUUGCUGCACAUUAGUUUGCUUUCUAGCUUUGUCUCAAUAAAUUGUCAGUUGAAUUUAAUGGUUUCUUUAAAUAUAAUUAUCUUCUGUCAAAGUGAAGUGUAAAGCAAACCCAGUUUGUAGUCAUAUUGAUGUGUGCAUGUCUGCCUCUCUUGUAUUCCAGUGCCUGAUCACCCAGCUUCAAAACUGUGUGUCCAAUGGAACAGAAAAGGGAAUAAAGAUUCUGGCAGCUUUGGAGAGUGA